AGGCAUAGAUAUGGGUUUCGUUUUGUUAUCCAUUGGUCAUUGCAAACUCCAUAUAUAUCGCUUUGUGUCUUUCUUUCUGGAAUUCUCAUCUCUUGUAAUAUGGGAUUAGGAGAAAUGAGUAAGGAAGUGACUAUGAAGGUGAUUAAGCUCUUAAUGAUGGCGAUUCUGAUGGGGACUAUCGUGAUUUGGAUCAUGAUGCCGACUUCUACUUACAGGAAGAUCUGGUUAACAUCCAUGCGUGCCAAGCUCGGCAAAACGACUAAUUUCGGGAAACCAGGAGUGAACCUUUUAGUUUACAUGUUCCCAAUGAUUCUAUUGCCUUCUCUGGGAUGUAUCUACCUUCACUUGAAGAAACAAACUAGUGUUGACCAAUUUCGUAGUGGGGUGGAGAGGAAGAAGAGAGAGAAGUGUAGUGCAUUAAGAAGACCAAUGUUAGUGAAGGGACCAUUAGGAAUAGUGACAGUGACCGAGCUUAUGUUCUUGACGAUGUUCAUGGCUCUUCUUCUUUGGAGCUUAACCAAUUACUUUUACUUUACUUUUGUCACCGUCACGCCUCAAUCAGCAGCAAUCCACGGAGAUAAACUAUGGGAAGCAAGACUGGAUUCAGUAGCAGUACGGUUAGGUCUAGCCGGGAACAUAUGCUUGGCGUUCUUGUUCUAUCCAGUGUCUCGUGGCUCGUCGUUGCUAGCUGCAGUUGGGCUAACGUCAGAGUCAAGCAUCAAGUACCAUAUAUGGGUCGGCCACUUGGUCAUGAUCUUAAUCACUAGCCAUGGCGUUUGUUACGUUGUCUAUUGGAUAUCCACAAAUCAAGUCUAUCAGAUGUUGGAGUGGGAUAGGACGUCUAUCUCGAAUUUAGCCGGAGAGAUAGCUUUGGUGGCCGGACUUGUAAUGUGGACCACCACAUUUCCCGCAAUAAGAAAGAGAUUCUUCGAAGCCUUCUACUACACUCACCACCUCUACAUCGUCUUCAUGCUCUUCUUUGUCUUCCACGUUGGCAUCUCUCACUCGUUGAUCUCUUUACCCGGUUUCUACAUCUUCGUCGUCGAUCGUUUCUUGAGAUUUCUUCAGUCGCGCAACAAUGUCAAGCUAGUCUCUGCUCGUGUCCUUCCUUGUGAUACGGUCGAGCUCAAUUUCUCCAAAAACCCUAUGCUGAUGUAUAGCCCGACGAGUAUAUUGUUCGUGAAAAUACCGAGUAUUUCCAAGCUUCAGUGGCAUCCAUUUACGAUAACUUCUAGUAGUAAACUCGAACCAGAGAAGCUAAGUGUUAUGAUAAAGGGCCAAGGCAAAUGGUCCACUAAGCUUUACCAGAUGCUUUCUUCUUCUGAUCAGAUCGACCGCCUCACUGUUUCCAUUGAAGGACCAUACGGCCCUACUUCCACUGACUUCUUACGACAUGACUCUCUAGUUAUGGUGAGUGGAGGUAGUGGGAUUACACCGUUCAUAUCCAUAAUCCGAGACCUAAUCUACUUAAGCUCAACUAGCACUUGUCAAAUCCCCAAAAUGACGCUAAUCUGCGCGUUUAAGCACUCCUCUGACCUCUCCAUGCUUGACCUAAUCUUACCCAUCUCCAGUGACAUCUCCUCGUUUUUAGAUAUACAGAUCAAAGCCUUCGUCACCCGAGAGACAGAAUCAACUCACAACAAGAACAUCAUCAAACCUCUCUGUUUCAAACCAUAUGUCUCAGACCAACCCAUCUCACCUAUACUUGGACCCAACUCAUGGCUCUGUCUCGCCACCAUCCUCUCUUCUUCAUUCAUGAUCUUUAUUAUCAUCAUCGGAAUUAUCACGAGAUAUCACAUUUACCCAAUUGAUCAAGGCUUGAAUAAGUACACAUCGGCUUAUAAAUCUAUCAUCUACCUUCUAGCAAUCUCCGUUAGCGUGGUGGCUACGUCUUCAAUCGCUGUGUUUUCUAACAAAAAGCAGUACUGUACAAAAAAUGACCAAGUCGUCGAAGGUUUGUCUCCGUUGGUGACGGAAAGCUCUCCACAACAGUUGCUGUCGGAAUCCACCAGCAUUCAUUACGGAGAAAGGCCUAAUCUUAACAUUAAUUGUGUGAAAGCAGAGCUUCUACUAGGUUUAAAAGGUUUGAGCGUGGGAGUUUUUGUGUGUGGUCCGAGGAAGAUGAGGCAAGAGGUUGCAAAGAUAUGUUCUUUUCGUUCGCCUGAGAAUCUUCAGUUUGAAUCUAUUAGCUUCAGCUGGUGAAUGAUUUUAAUUCAUAUUGAUAUUAUGUAACAGUUGUUUUGCUUGCAAAAAUAAGUAAGAGUGGUUUAGAUAGUACUAGAUACUUAUUGAGGAUAUGCACAUCAACUUUCACCUGAUAACAAAUAUGUCACGGUCACCUUAGGAUUUAAAGUCUUUUUUUAACGAAAAAAAAAUCAUUAUAACCUGAGGAUUUACAGUUUAACUGAUUUGUAAUGGCAUAAUUUCAUUA